AUGACAACCACACUCAGAAGAUCGAAGCGUAAGCAUAAUCUUGAGCCAGCACCAAAAAUCACUGGAAAGAAGCUUCGGUCAAACCUCCCUCGCCGGCGACGGUGCCAGAUCUCACCGGUGGUUAUUGUUUCCACUAGAUUCAAUGCUUCCAGAGAAAAUCCUCAUUUCUCUGGAAAAUCAAUGGAUUCUGAUUCUUGCUCUGACGACUUUGCCGGCGGCGAAGCUUCGUGUAACUCGAGCAGAGCUUCCGCUGUUUUCGCCGGAAAUGGAGGUUGCUCCAAAUCGAGCGAGAAAUUGCAAUGCGAAAUAUCGAGAAAUCGAAGAUUCGGGAAGCAAAAUGAAAGUGAAGUGUCGGAGUCUUCGUGUGUGGACUCCAAUGACAGAGUUCGCGAACGGAGCAGGAGCUUGAUUCUGAAGUUCAGAAGCGAAAAGGAGAGACGAAACGAUGAAUUCUCCGAAGCAUGCACGAAAUCUGAGAUCACUUGCGAGGAUGCAAAGUCCGAAUUCUCUCAAGGUUCGAGAAACCACCGCGAGGAUGAUAGUAACUCUGUUGAUUUGAUAGCAAAAUCGAAGAUCAAUCAAAGUACGAAUAGCUCCGAUCUCAAUUGCACGGAGCAAUUGCGAUUCUCAUAUUCCAACGAAGACGAAGAUGACGAAGACGAUGAGUCAGAGUACUAUCCGAGUCAGGGAACUGUGCUCUCUGAUCUUCGCUCAGAGAUGUUCAGCUUCCCUGAGUGUUCGGAACUUGAGCUUUCUGAUUACACUCCGUCGCUAUUCAUUGAUUCAGGAAGCCAAUUCUCGCAGGGAUCCGUUGGUGAAACUCCUUCUCCAACUCACUCGUUAUUUCUUCAGUUCCGUAACGAGUUCACCACGCUAAUUAUAACUUCUCCAUUCAACAAUAAUUCUUCCAGCUUUGUGAAGUUCGAUGAUUUGGACGAAGAAGAAAGCUACCUGAUGCUGAGAGAGAGGGAGAGGAAGCAAGUUCUUCUGUGGAAUUAUACAGAUAGCUAUUUUUCUACCACUGAAUUCGGGGACCUCGUGAUUCAGCAACGCUCUCAAAUGGUACACUGGAUCGUUGAGCAAUCUUAUCGAAAACAGCUUCGGCAAGAGACGAUGUUUCUUGGAGUCAGCCUCCUUGACCGUUUCUUAAGCAAAGGAUAUUUUAAAGUCAAGAGAAACCUUCAGAUUGUUGGGAUCGCUUGCCUCACGUUAGCCACGAGGAUUGAAGAAAACCAGCAAUAUAGCAGAGUGGAGCAAAAGAAUUUUUAUAUUGGAAGUAAUGUGUACAGUAGAUGCGAGGUGGUUGCUAUGGAAUGGGUGGUGCAGGAAGUGCUUAAGUUCCAGUGUUUCAUUCCGACCAUCUACAAUUUCUUGUGGUUCUACUUAAAAGCUGCUAAAGCUAAUGCAGCUGUGGAGAGGAGGGUCAAGUCGCUGGCAGUUCUGGUACUAUCAGCUGAGGAGCAGCUAUGCUACUGGCCCUCAACAGUUGCUGCAGCAAUUGUAAUCCUGGCUUGUCUCGAAGUGGAUCAAAAUGCCUUCCACACAGUCAUAGGGAUCCACGUAAGAUCAAAAGAUGAGAAUUUGCACGAAUGCAUGCAGAGCCUACAGUGGUUAAUACGCUAUCUAUGACAACAUUCUAACUGGCAUGGAGCAACAUCUGCUGAACAAUUCAGUUUUUUACGAUUGUUCCCUACCCAUCUGAAGAAAAAUGGCAUUCAGAUACCGGGUUGAUUCUUAAUCAGUAUUAAAUAAAUUCAUUUGUAUCCCUACCUGAGAGGAAGGGAACUCCAUUAUUUUUCCCAUGUAACUAUAUUGAUUGUUCAAAAGUGCUAAUAGGUGUAAUGACAAAUCAUACACACAUUUUUUUUAAGCUGUGAAAACCUAGCAACGGGAGAGAAUACCCUGCUCCUAACUAUUGAUGGCUUAAAAGAUAUAUUACAGUUAUACAGAAGUUUAUCUCCUUGCAUUAUAGAACCAA